UCUGGAUUAGCUAAGCCCCGAAAGACCCUUAUCCAUCUUAUCGAGCUUAUCCCCGCGGUCGAAAGUGGGCUCACCGCUGUCAGUGAGUGGGCUGGGCUGUGCUGAGCGCGAAAGGGCCUAGACAAAAGUCAAUAAGCGGGAGGCAACUUUUCCCUCUCGCGACAAUCUUUGUUUCUUUAACCGCAGCUUUGCCUCCUUUUUACACAACUCAAGACUCUCUUUCACUUCACAUAUAUCAAAAUGGGUGGCGCUAACCGAGAAGGCGGCAAGGUCAAGCCCUUGAAGCAGGCCAAGAAGGCCCAGAAGGACCUCGACGACGAUGACAAGGCUUUCCUCGAGAAGAAGCGCGCCGGUACGCAUCCCCGAAACUACGAAUGAGCGAAAACAUCUUGCUAACCACUACGAUACAGACGAGAAGGCUCGCAAGGAGCUUGCCUCCAAGGCUGGAGGCAAGGGCCCUCUCAACACCGGUGGCCAGGGCAUCAAGAAGAGCGGAAAGAAAUAAACGUUUCGCCUGGUUCUAGCGAUGAUUGAGCGAAGACCCGAUAUAUUUGUGGAGGCUUUGGAUGGCGUGAGCGCAUCUGACAGAAGGCCUGCGUGUUUUAGGCGUUUUAGACAUUGGCGCUCACUGUUCACGAUAUUUUCGCGCGAUGGCUAACGAUAAAUGAAUUCUAUGCUGACUUGAAAAUGCUGA